ACAAUUAAAAGAUUUAUUAUAUAUUGAAUUUUUUUGGUAUGUUGAAGCAAAAUGAGACCACGAAAUCCUUAGAAAUGUAUAUCUAGGGAAUAAAUCAACGUUAUACGAAUCGAUAGUCGGAAGUUUUGUAAGGAAUUAGAACGUCGAUGGAAGGUUGCCGAGGAUUUGGAAUAAUUUAAUUAUUUUCUCACAACUACAAUCAUAUUAGAGUAGGUCGUAAUAAACUAGUUCAUAUUCUACUUUCAAAGCAGAUCAAAGAAAUACUUUCUAAUCAAAAAAACUAAACUCAACAUAAUGAAAACAACCGAAUCUAAAGAAAAACUUAUCGAGGAAUGUCGAAAAGGAUCAGCCUCAAGUACAAAAGCUUUCAAUUUUACCGAUCCUACAACAAGAGCUUUAAGUACAAUCGAAAAACAAUUUUUAUUAACGGCUGAAAAAGGUGAUUGUGCGGGAGUAAGAAGCAUUAUAAGCGAAAAUAAAAACAAUCCGGAAGAAUUUGAUAUAAACUGCGUGGAUCCUUUAAAUAGAAGCGCAUUAAUAGCUGCCAUUGAAAAUGAAAAUUUGGAAUUAAUGAAAAUUCUAAUUGAAGAAGGCAUUAAAGUCAAAGAUAGUUUAUUACAUGCAAUUGAAGAGGAAUACGUCGAAGGGGUCGAAUUACUUCUUCAAUUUGAAGAGGAUAAUCACAAACCUGGAGAACAAUACAGUUGGGAAAAUGUUGAUAAAUCGGCCGCCACCUUUACACCGGAUAUAACACCAUUAAUUUUAGCAGCUCACAAAAAUAAUUACGAAAUUAUCAAGAUUUUGUUAGAUCGAGGGGCUUCUUUACCAAUGCCACACGAUAUAAGAUGUGCUUGUGAUGAAUGUGAUGAAUCAUUAAAAAUCGACUCGUUGCGGCAUUCCCAAGCGAGAAUGAACGCUUACAAAGCUCUAACUGCUUCAUCUUUGAUCAGUUUAUCAUCGAAAGAUCCCGUUUUAACCGCUUUCGAAUUAUCAUGGGAAUUGAGAAGUUUAAGCAGGUUGGAAACGGAGUUUCGCGAGCAAUAUAAUGAAAUGAGAGCUUCCGUCCAAGAAUUUGCUAAAUCACUUUUAGAUUACGUUCGGUCAUCCGGCGAAUUAACAACGAUGUUAAAUUACGAUACUUCGACUCCACCAUGGGAACCAGGCGAUCAUAUGCCUUUGGAUAGAUUAAAAUUGGCCAUCAAAUACAAACAGAAAAUGUUUGUGGCUCACGCAAGUGUCCAACAACUUUUAGGUUCACUUUGGUAUGAGGGAUUACCGGGAUUUAGAAGAAAAGGUUUAGUUGGACAACUCGCCCAAGUUGUACAAUUAGCCGUGAUGUUUCCUAUGUAUUGUACGAUUUAUAUGAUUGCGCCUUAUUCAAAAAUGGGGUUGUUCAUGAAAAAACCUUUCGUGAAAUUUAUUUGUCAUUCAAGUUCUUACGCUUUAUUUUUAAUGUUACUCGGUGCCGCUUCUCAACGUCUUGAAAUCGAGCUUUUAAACAUUUUGGGAAACGAUUACAUUAAAGAAAUCGUUAAGGAAUGGAACCGGAAAGAAAGGGGUGCUUUACCCGGAUUUGCAGAAUGCGGGGUAAUUCUGUAUGUUAUUAGUUUGAUUUGGGCGGAAGUAAAAAGUUUAUGGGAUGGGGGUUUAAUGGAGUACAUUUCGGAUUUAUGGAAUAUCGUUGAUUUCGUUACAAAUAUGUUUUAUGUGAUGUGGUUAUUUUUGAGAUUUUCAGCAAUUUAUAUAGUUUGGAGGGAAGGUUCUGAAGGUAAAGAUCCUUAUUACCCGAGAGAACAAUGGCACAUGUUCGAUCCUAUGUUAUUAUCGGAAGGAGCGUUUGCAGCCGGAAUGAUUUUCAGCUUUUUGAAGCUCGUCCACAUAUUCAGCGUCAAUCCGCACCUUGGACCUUUACAAAUUUCUUUAGGAAGGAUGAUCAUCGAUAUUGUUAAAUUCUUCUUUAUCUACACUUUAGUUUUGUUCGCAUUUGGAUGCGGCUUAAAUCAGCUUUUGUGGUAUUACUCGGAAUUAGAAAAAAAUAAAUGUUAUCACCUCCCAAGUGGACUCCCAGAUUUUGAUAACAACGAUAAAGCUUGCACGAUUUGGAGAAGAUAUUCAAACUUGUUUGAAACUUCGCAAUCAUUAUUUUGGGCAAGUUUUGGUUUGGUGGAUCUCGUUUCGUUCGAAUUAACAGGAAUAAAAGGUUUCACCCGAUUUUGGGCUCUAUUAAUGUUCGGCUCUUACUCAGUAAUCAACGUAAUCGUUCUUUUAAAUAUGUUAAUCGCUAUGAUGUCGAAUUCCUACCAAAUCAUCUCCGAACGAUCCGACAGCGAAUGGAAAUUCGCAAGAACGAGACUUUGGAUUAGUUAUUUUGAUGAUGGUGACACAUUACCCCCUCCGUUUAACAUUUUCCCAACGAUCAAACACGCGAAAAGAAGCAUCACUUGUGGUGGAAAUAAAGACGAUAAUCUUGGAAAAUCGCGCGGGAGGGCGAGAGAAGCCCAUGAGUGCGUUAUGAAAUUAUUGGUGAGAAGAUAUGUCACAGCUGAACAAAGAAAACGCGACGAAUUUGGCGUGACCGAAGAUGAUAUAAUGGAAGUUCGGCAAGAUGUUUCCACGUUUCGAUACGAAUUAAUUGAUAUUUUGAGGCAAAAUGGGAUGAUAACCCCGAAAUUAAACAAAGACGAUCUAGCUUUUACGGGCAAAAAAGGAAGAGUCAUGGAAAGGCGCCUUUUAAAAGAUUUCCACAUCGGAAUCGUUGAAGGAAUCGUAGCCGAUGUUGUGAGUAGCAUGAAAGAGCCUAAAGACGUUUUCAGCCAACUCGCUAGAGCAAUGGGAAGACGAAGAAGUAGCAAAGAUUGGAACGCUUUAGUUAGAAGAAGCACUUUGGUCCAAGAUCCAAUUGGAUCAACCUCCGAAGCGGAAGCCGCGAGACGAAAUAGGCAAAGUCUAAGAAAACACAUUCUCACAUCAAAAGCAAUCGAUGACGAAAAAUUAUUGGAAUACAAUCCGAGAUUAUCGGCAGUUCCAAAGAGGGCUAGAGUGGCAUAUGCGAAAUUUAUGAGACAAAAAUUAGAACAAGAUGAAAAAGCUGAGGAAGAAAUAAAUCGUGCUGAAUCAACUGAAGCAACUGUUGAACCUGUUCAAGCCAAAAAGGAGGUACCGACUGAACCCGCUGACAGCUUAAAAACGCCAAACGGUGAAAAAAGAACUUUAUCGCCGAUAAUUGCAAGUCCAACGCCAUCAAACGAAAAAGAAUCCGAAAAAAUUGAAGUUGUAUCUGAAGUACAGCAAAAAACACCACCUCAAGUUCCUAGAAGAAAAAGUUCAACGGGUUCUGUUAAAAAAAUUGCUCCAUCACCACCUCAAUUAAUUUCGACCGAAAAGGUUCAAGAGGAAUUGAAAAAAAUCGAUGAUAACAACGAAGAGUCGAAAGAAAUUACGGAGGAAAAAGAAGUUUGUGAAGAAAAAGAUGAAAAGAAAAAUGGUGAUGAUGUAGAAAAAGAAAGUUGUGAUAAAAAUGAUAAGGGGGAGGAGAAGGAAAGUGAAAAGAAGGAAGAAAAAGUUAAAGUUAAGAUUAAAGUAGAACCAGAUGAGGUUAAAAAAGAUACUUUAGCUCCAUCUACUGGAUUCAUGUCUUAUGGAUCUGGAAGAUCAAAAUUAUCAGGAAAAAUUCGUACUGGAUGGAUAUAAUUUUUUUUUUUACCUUUCUUCCAAUUUUUUUAUUAACCCAUUAACUACCAAAUCUUGGCGUGGCAUUUUCUAUCGCUUUAGAAGAUUUGAAUAAUAUCACUCAAAAUGUAUGUUUUUGUUAUAUUAUGUUAUCUUUUUUAUCUUUCAUUUUUAUCUAGCCCCUGCGAAAAUUUCAUGAUCAAAAUCAAAUCGGUAAUAAAAUUCACCACGUUUUACUUUUUGCAUAUCUUUACGAUUUGUUGCAUGUUUUUUUUUAAACAUUGGCAGCACGGAGAGUCAAGUGUCUUGAGCACCGAAACCAUUUGCACUUCCCUUUAUGGCAUAGCAGGAAAAUGUCUCUUCAUAUUACUAAAUUAACUGUAUGAAUGUUCGAAUGCUCUAGAUGAUUGUAAUUAAAUGUUUCUGGUAGACAUUCGCAAAUACCUCCAUGGUUAAUUUCGUAACAUUCAGCGUCUUUACCACAGAUGUUUUUUUUUCUGUUAGUGCAACCUUUGAACUGCACGUGUCAAAAUUUACAAAACUUUUAGUAAACAAUAUGCUGGCAUGUCACAUAUAAAUUACGCGAUUUAAAUAAAAUUAGCCAUUAAGUACAAUAUUUUAUCUAAUCCCAUUGAAAAAGUAAUU